AUGGUUGACAGAAGCUUUGGAGAAAAAGUCCCCAAAUUUUCAGACAUUCACAGAACAGAAUCAGACACUCAGACCGACACUAAUAUAUUAGACUGGAUUCGAAAUAAUGAAAUUGGCAGUGAUGCUGUUAUUGAGACUCCAUUUGGAUUGAGGAAAGUUUGCUACUGUGACUAUACAGGUUCUGGAAGAUCGAUCUUGGAUAUUGAGAACUAUAUUAAAGCGGAAGUUUUGCCGCUGUAUGGUAAUACGCACUCUUCCAUUACAGUUACUUCGGAACAAACUACAUUAUUUUUAAGCGAAGCUCGUGAUGUUAUACGAAACUAUGUUGGUGCUGGUGACCAAGACGCUGUUUUGUUUGUUGGAAGUGGUGCGACUGCUGCAGUUGAGCUUCUUGUACAUUUACUUGAUCUUUCUGCAGUUGUCGUUGUACAUGGCAUUCAGGAGCACCAUUCUAAUUUACUUCCCUGGACGGAAAUUUCUCAAGAAUCUUUUGCUGUUAGGGAAACAGAGGCUGGUGAUAUUGACGUGGUAGAAUUGUGCAGUGUUUUAACCCUAAUCAGAGAAAAGUACGGUCAAAAUAUGACUAUAUUAGGAUGCUUUACUGCUGCAUCUAAUAUAACUGGAAUCAUCAUGAAUGUCGAAGAGGUUAAUGCUAUUCUUAUUAAAUGGGGAUGUAUAACAAUCUGGGAUUAUGCCUCGGCUGCACCUUAUGUUGAUAUAAACGUCAACAGCAAAACUCCAAAGGGCGCGGUCUUUUUUUCUGGGCAUAAAUUUGUUGGCGGAGUUCAAACACCAGGAGUCUUGGUCGUUAAAAAAUAUCUCGUCAAGAGUAAACACCCGAAGCGGAUUGGUGGUGGGACUUUUAAGGUGAGUGCGACAUCUCGUUCAUAUUUAAAGAAUGUUGAAUAUAGAGAAGAAGGAGGGACUCCGGAUGCUGUUGGAGCUGUUCGUUUAGCCCUAGCAUUCAAACUAAAGGCAGCCGUAGGUCAUGAAAUGAUUAUUAGUCUUGAGGAAGAAAUCUCAAGGCUUGUAAUUGAAUUCUUUUCACGUUAUGAAAAUGUGAUUCUUUUGGGGUCACCGAGGGUGACUUCACGACUGGCAGUCUUCAGCUUUUUAAUUCGAGACCCAAAAUCAGGACUCUUUUAUCAUCACAAUUACAUUUCUGCCUUACUGAAUGAUUUAUUUGGCAUUCAGUCCCGUUCUGGUUGUGCUUGCGCAGGACCAUAUGCUCAUCAUUUGCUAGGAAUUAAAGAAGAACUAGCAUUGAAAUAUCAUGCCUGUUUAAUGGAGGACGUAAGAUUAGACAGAGAUCAUUUGCGCAGGCAAAUAGAGUACUCGGAUAAGGAAAUGCUUCGACCAGGUUUUACGCGCAUCUCCAUUCCUUUUUUUGCCUCUGUCAAUUUUGUAUUGGAAGCGAUUGGGUUUGUAGCGGAAAAUGCGAAACGAUUCAUGAUUCAGUAUCACCUGAACUGUGAGACCGCUGAAUGGCAUCAUAUUCGUCAGCGAGUUUUUCGCUCUCGCAAAUGGCUUGGAUUUGUUAAAUUUUCUUCUGACGGUCUGAAAAUGAAGAAAUUUGGAGGGUGUAUAACUGAAGGAGUAUCGUCCAAUAUAAAGGAUUUGAAAGUAUCAGCGGAGCAACUAGCUUUGGAUAACAAAUUUCUCUUCAUUUUUAUUUACAAGGUUGCUGAUGGCCGUAAUGUUUUGGAUGACGAAACAAGAAACCUACGCUGGUUUUUGAUGACUAGUGAGGUCAGUGAAGAAAGGACUGGUAUCAAAGUGCAGUAUUCAAAAGUUCCAUUUGAGCCAAAAAAGUAUGAGUGGUCUGACGGGUUGAAAAGAAAUUAUCCGUCGUGCUCUCCUAAAAUGCUCAUCAAUGACGAUAUCUCGUUUUGCGGAGCUGGGAUAUGCUAUACUUGUGCUGAAUUUCCAGAAAAGGAUUGGAGUAGUGAAGACUGGAAUAAGUGUACUAUCGUAAAACGGCGUGAAAAUUCAAGCAAAGAAGAGAUUCAAAGUGAGCCUUGGGUUCGUCCGCCCACGAAUCUUUACAAAAAAGCAGUUUAUGCCAUACAGUCUUGCAAUAUGAUCCAGGAUGGUGAUCGCAUUCUAGUUUGCCUCUCGGCUUACAAUCCCCGUCCUCUUAUUGAUUAUUGUCGGUCGCUGAACAUUGAUUAUUUUUAUGAGGAACAAGAUAUAAUUGGUGAAGCGGCCAAACUUAAAACUUGCAGGAGUAUAUGCGGUUACUGUAGCAGGAUGAAAAGAGGCCGUUUGACUUCUGCUGCUACGUUACAUGGGUACAAUGUCUUGGCCAUGGGUCAUCAUCUUGACGAUUUGGCCGAAACUUUCUUGAUGUCAGCUUUUCAAAAUGGCAGUAUAAGUACGAUGAAAGCACAGUAUACAGUACGGUAUGAAGCUCCUGUAAAAAUUCUUUACCCGUUAUUGCAUCGGCUGAAACAAAUAUUGGCCUCUUAUGAGUUGAUUUACCCUCACUUAUUUGAUUCACUUCGUUCAGCUCUCCAUCCAUUAAUGAUGGUUGAUGCAGCCCAGACUAGUGGUAUGCGGAAGAUGGCCAUUGAAAACAUAACAAGGACAUAUUUAAAUCGUGAAAACCAGAAAGAUGAAGAUAAAGGGAAAAGUUAA